CUAUUUCCGUGACGUACACCGGAAGUGGCGGUGAACGUAAGUUCUGGCUCUGGCCCUCUGGCUGUGGCUCUGGCUUAACUCGUUCAGCAAAACAGAUGCGAUCGGACCUGCACAAACCACCACCGAUCCCCGGCUCAGUCUGUCCCAACGCAGAGAGACCAACAGCUGCGGGCCCAUCGUGAGCUCAUACACCCCGGGACCCCGAACACUAGCCCGGGAGGAGUGCAUCUAGACGGCCCUAGUUUGGUCCAGCCCCGCGGUGCUUAACCAUCAUCUGUUUUUACAAAGUAGUCUCCAUUAGCGGCGCUUUAAGCAAAAGUUGAGGUAAUGGGAGAAGAUCGUAGUCAGAGAACUUCGAUCGCUGCUUUAAAACUUGUGAUGUAGUUUGCAUCGCCUCGAUCUUCCUGUUUCUGAGAGUAACUUCUGUCCACACAACUCAAUGGGUCAGCGCUUCUGCCUCACACGUGUCGUUUUGUAUACGAACUUAACUUACACAGAGAAAAAAAGAGAUAAAAAGUGAACGCGUUGUAUUCCAUCACACAGGACACUUGAUUGGAUUUGUGCAUUUUGAUGUCCAAAGGGGAAAUGAGUACAAAACUGCGCUAGCAUUUAAAGCUCCUCUUGUAUCUCGCCUAAACAAAGUGAAGUGGUCAAAACUGGUUAAAUAGUACCAACAAUCAUCAAAUUAUCGUUGGUGUAUGUUUGACAAAUGUUUAUCUGUAGCGAUAUGAAUGUUUUUAACUUGUUUGUCGAUAGUUUGGUGUGUUUCUAAAGAAGACAAAGAAAGAAAAGCUGUGCCAGACUUGACUUUUAAAUAUGGCUAUCAUGCUAGCUAGUUUUAAGGGGCUAGUUAAAUACAGCUACAUUCACACGUUAGGGCGUAGAAACCUUUACCACUAUAACGCCGGUGUGUUAAAUAUGAACACACAGCUCUUAAUGACAUGACAUUUUUAUAAUGGACUUGUGUAUAUCAGUUAAUUUAGCGAAACUCUCGCUAGCUGUAGCCGUUAGCCUGUUAGCAUGACUCAGUGGAUUUGCAGAGCGAGCUGGCCCUGGGAUUGCUAAACAGCAUGUUUUCAUUUUGAGGUCAUUGUUUCAACAGCUUCGAGUGUACAGGCUUUAACCUGCUUUAUUGUGAAUUGUAGUUCUUAGUGUGACCCUUGUCUGUGAAGUUGAAUUAGAAUCUCGUGAUAAAAGUGUUCUUCAAGUGAUUUCCACAGCUGGGAGUUGAUGCGCACCAACACAACAGAUGAUCACUUUACUGUUUUUACUCCUGUUCGAAAAGCUGACUGCUCUAAAAGGAGGACCCAGUGAAGGCAUCGCUAUGGCACAAGAGACCAAUCAGAGCCCAGUCCCCAUGCUGUGUGCCACCGGCUGUGGUUUCUAUGGCAACCCUAGGACCAACGGCAUGUGUUCUGUGUGUCACAAGGAGCAUCUGUCCAGGCAGAACUCCACAGGAGCCAGCUCAGAGGUGUCUGCGAUGCAGAGGUUAGAGGAGACCCUGAACUCUGCAGCUGCUGCUGCCGUGGCUGCAGCUGAGGAGGCUGCUGAGAGCGCCGCCAAGGCCAACCUCUUCAGUGUGUCUGAGCCCAGUGCGGUCACACAGCAGAUGACCGAGAUGAGCCUACAGUGUGAGGAGCCCAGUGCUGCUGAUGUGCUCCUCUGUCCUGGUGAGAUACCGCUCCCCCAGGCCGUUCUGGAGGAUCCCACAGCUCCUCCAUCCAAACCCAAGAAGAACCGCUGCUUCAUGUGUCGCAAGAAGCUGGGCCUCACAGGGUUUGACUGUCGCUGUGGGCAACAGUUCUGUGGACUGCAUCGGUACUCGGACAAGCACCACUGCCCAUACGACUACAGGACAGAAGCGGCCGAGAAGAUCCGCAAAGAGAACCCUGUGGUGGUGGCAGACAAGAUCCAGAGAAUAUGAAGUGUACCCUCCUGCUUUUCACCCACUCUCCAUCCUUACACAGAAUCAUUUGGUGGCACGGUUAUGUCUCAUUUGACUCACUUUUAGGUAGAUCUGUGGUUUAAUUUUUAUGCGUUGGUUUUUGCGUUGGUAAACUCAAGGACCAAGCGGACAGUGGGCGUUUUAGGCGAGAUGGCUGGGUAUGGAGAAAACCCCACUGUAAUCGCUGGCCUCGGCGCUCUCGGACAAUUUUUGAAUGAGACUUUUUGUCUCUUGCAAAUGUUUUUAAUUCCUAUGGGCGUGUGGCGCUUGGCGACUGUUACUGCUUGCUCUCUGCUGGCUACAGAAGCAAAACGGAUGUGUGUGCUCCUGUGGGUCUGGCCUGCUCUUGUGUGCCCUGCUCAUGUCCUGGAGAUGGACUCAGAUCACUACUCUGCUGGAGAGGAGAGACUGGCACGCUUUAGUUGGACUGCUAUUACUACACAGGCCACUGGGUUUUCUUUAGCUAACAUUAUUUCAAACCAGAGUGAAGAAUUGUAACAUUUGGAUGUCAAUGUUUUGCCCUGUUUUUAGUUCAAGUUGUGUGAAAAACGGAGGUUAAAGUUUUAUGUUUAAUAUUUAAAAUCGCAUUGUGUAACUUUUUGUGUUGCCAAUGGAGCUUAAUAGUCCCGCCCACUUUGGAGUCUGCUUUGCUUUCGGAAAUAAAAUUUUCAUUAAUUUUUUUCCAUAGACUCCAAAAAAAUCAAGAGUUUGAGGCACAACGGGGGGGUUAUUAGCUUUGUGUUAACUAAUAUCCCUAACAUGGCUGCUUUAAGUCCAAAAAGCACAUUUAAAACAAAAGAUUCAGUGAAAUGCUUUAAUAUUUACUAGUUUAUAAAGUUUUAUAAACUAAUUUCAAAUAAAUAAUAGGUGGUACUUUGUGGUCAUCCAUGUGGUUACCAUAGUGCUGAUGAGCCAUGAGCGACAUUUCUUUUCACUUUUAAUAAUGCCAUACAAUUCUUUUCAGAAAGUCUAUGGGAAAAAUGGAUGGAAAACCCAGGGGUGGGCGGUCACUGCUGAGCUGCAUUGCAUGGAGAUAACUUUAAUGCUGUACUGUGGACAUUUCUGGAAAAAACAUUAACAAGUGCUGCGUGCUCUCCACUAGAAAAGUUACACCAUGCACCUUAAACAUAAGUCCUGCAUUAGGGUGCGCAACUGGCUUUGCUCAACUUAACAAGAACAGUUUAUUGUACUAAAGGUUUGUAUUAUAAUUAUACUUGGGUGCACAUUUGAGUUUCACACUAAUGUUGGCGUAUCCUUGUCAGUGUCCAGUUACACUGACAUUACUCUGUGUGCGUGUGUGUUUGUGUUGGCAGGUGAACAAGUUGUGUAGAGGGACAUGAUGCUCAUACGUGUGGGUGGUUCCUUGCAGUUGUAUGAUAGGUGGUGACUGAUCGUUUGGAUAUGCACUCUGCAUUUAGUUUUUUUUUUUUAGUUUGUAUUCAUCUUAUUUAUAAAAGUGCAGUCACACAGUUUUCUGUUCCAAAUAAAGUAACAUGUCAAUAAAUUAUGUUCCACAAUGUU